AUGCCUGUGCGGAAAAAGCAUGGACCGUACGAUAUCAUCGCCGACGACGUGUAUGACUGCCGGAUACCACUACACAACGAACUCGCCUAUCAACAUGGAAUUCAUUUUGAAGCCAAGUAUGUCGGCAGCAUGGAAAUACCCCGACCGGGAACUCGCAUCGAAAUUGUUGCUGCAAUGCGGCGAGUUCGGUAUGAAUUCAAAGCCCGAGGUAUCAAAAAGCGCCCAGUCGACAUUACGGUAUCCGUCGACGGCGUCAAAGUGGUUCUUCAACGCAAGAAACAAAAAGAUAAAGGGUUGUCUUGGGAUGAAUCCAAAUUGCUUGUCAUGUUUCAUCCAAUUUACAGAAUAUUUUAUGUCUCUCAUGACUCUCAAGAUUUGCAAAUAUUCUCCUACAUUGCCAGGGACGGGGCAACCAACGUCAGCUGCCAGCCAGUUGAAAAGAGAAAAGAAUCAAGCUCGAUCCGCAAGAAGCACGCCUGCAUUUUUCCGCCAACACUGAAAGAAGCUUGCCUUUCGGGCGCCAGUCGCAUUGAUUUUUAUUCCGAAGAGUUCACUGACGAACCAGUCAUGAUUCGGUUUGAUCCCGAUGAAAGCUCAGAAAUGAGCGAGGAGAAAAGGUUUUACUACCUUCGUCUCAUGGCCAAACCGGGCGGAAAGCCAAUCAAGACUAAAUUUGUCACGUGGUCACGUGAUGGCGAUGCAAAUGCAUCAAGUAGUAGCGAUCAACAACUUGAGAGUCAGGCUAUGCGAGUGGUACGAACAAUCGGGCAAGCUUUUGAGGUGUGCCAUAAGGUUGCACAAGAUCAAAUGCAAGAGAAGCAUGAAGAUGAUGCAGCGAAGAGUAAAAUAUCUAUGCAAUCCGAGGAAGAAGCUGGACCUGCUCUUGACGUCAUCGAAGAGCGUGCAACCAAAGAAGAAGAUAGUCGAAGCACGUCUCCCACGGAGGGUCCACCAGUCGGAGGACCACUUUAUGGAAAACGAUUGUCGCUGUUUCAGCCUCGUAAGGCCUCAACAGCAAGUUCCUCUGGAGGAACUGCUAUCGACACAACUGUCGUUGGGGAGCAACUCUUAGAAAUAUCAAAUACACUCAAUCCCGUUUUGAAUUCAAAAGCACCGGAAUCAGUGCCGCAAGUAUUACCGCAAUCAACAAUGCCAUUUGGCCAACAACAACAGAUGCAGCAACAACCACUUCAACCAAAACAAUCCCAAAGUCUUCUUGGGAUUCAAUCGCAGCAGUUCAACACGCUUCCAACGCAAAUGCCAAGUGCACAGACAUUACCAUCCAUGUCGGAUAUGCAGCAACAACAACAAUCUCAACAAGCGCGUAUAAUGACCAUGCCAUCAAAUAUGCAAUAUCCUUCGGCUACGAUGCCCCAUUCUCGAACAUGGGGUGCUGCUCCAGUUCCUUCUUAUCCUCAAUCUAUGCAAUCGUUAGAGCAAAAUAUUCCAAUGUACUCUCCUCAAAUGUCGGGUAUUCUUCCUUCCUCAUCGUCGCUUCCUUUCGGACUUUCAUCACCUGUAAUGGUCUCACCGUAUGCAACUCUUCAAUUAAAUAUGCCUCAGCAACCGCAUCAGCCUCCUCCUAGCUUAGAUCCUAGUGAAGCUGGAUCUCAAUUUACGCUUGAACACUUGAACCAACAGCUGAUGCGUUCGCAACUAGAUCAAGCUCAGCAGUCUGUUCAAGUGGCUGGCUGCCAAGUUCAAUUGCUACGAGAUCAACUAACUUCUGAAACAACAGCAAGACUAGAAGCGCAGUCUCGAACUCAUCAAUUACUUUCUGCAAAUAGGGAGCUUUUAGAGCAGGUACAGAGUUUGGUUUCAAGACUUCAAAUGUUAGAAUCGAAAAUCACGAACGAAAUUCAUCAAGGAACAACACAAACAUCCAGUUCUCAAGGUCCGGCGAGAAUAAUUCCUCUCGCCAUCGAUCAAUCCGACCCACGAAUACCAACAGCUUCCAAUAUUCGAAUGAAUCAUCCAUAUCAAGUUCAACCAUUGGCAGAUUUGCGUUCCGGCUCCUUGCCCCCCGUGAAGGAAACGAAAGAGCGAAGAAAAAUUGAAGAUGGAGCUAGAACUGAGCCAGAAAGCAAUGCUGAGGACACCACGGAUUAUUCGAGCAGUGAUCAAUAUGAAAAAACAUCGGCAGUCCGCCCAUCGCAUUUCAAUAUACUCAUGUCAAAUCCACUUGUUGACAUUAAUGUGCCAUCAGUUGCAGCAAUGUCCUCGAAAGCCAAUGAUCCGGAUACGGAAGAGCUAAAUUUGACUCCGAUCAAACGAGAACGACGCGGAACAAGCGGCAUCUUGAAAGGCGACAAAGACUUUUCCCGAAUGUCUUUUAACGCGAGAUUAAUGCGUGAAAAAGAGAAAGAACGCGAGAUUUUCGAAGAGCCAGUUGAACAAGAGUUCAUCACACCAGCUGAAAAAUCGCCGCCAAAGAAAACGACUAUUGAUUCACUAUUUUCUCAACCAGAUGAUCAAAAAGUAGGAGAACUUGAAAAAGAAAUAUCUACUCGUAAAGAAACUCAAGCUCCACAAUAUCUUUUGGCAUCAGGACCAGCAAGUUCGUCCAUCGUUACUGCUAUGUAUCCACCAAUGAAAAAUUCGGUAUCAUCAUUUGCCAAGCCCAAGGUUGAUGUAUUCCGCAAGAAGACAUUAAAGACCUUAUCGGUGGAUAUGCAAGAUGAACCAUCAAGCAGUGAUUCGAAUAAAAACCCAUUAUUCCUACAUCAACAGCAUCAGCAACAGCAGCAACAGCAAAAGAAGAAAGAUGUUGAACUAAAAGACAUUGAAGAUUAUAUUAACCGAAAUGUAGAUCGAUCGAAACUACCCGAGACAUCAUUGCUAACCCGGUUAACACGCCAAGCCCAUGGCGACAGCAAUAUACCCAAUGGAUAUCCGCAGUGA